UUCAGUUCCCACCCAUUAUUUACAUUCCUCACUCUCCAACCAUUCUUCUUUCAACUUCAAAAUGUUGCCAUGUCGCUACCCGGCCUACCUGGUCUCGGGCUAGACGAGCCAGAAGAGGAACGACCAGUAGAGACAACUCAACAUGACCUAGCCAAGGAGCAUGAAUGGCGUUUUGAAGUCGCCGUGGGAAAGUAUGUUCAAGUCAAGAUCUUGACAGGAACGGCCGAGCUCUUCGGAACAGAACUCAUUGCGGGAAAUACCUACACCUUCACCGGCACCAAAGCCGCGAUUUACACAUGGCAGGGCUGCUCCUUCGAAGUCAGCGGGGAUGCCUUGCAGAGCGAAUACACGGCCGAAGAAACCCCGAUGAGCGAAUACAUCAACGUCCACUUUGCACUUGAGAGCUUAAGAGAUCAGGCUAAGGCGAGCGGAAGACCGGGACCCAGAGUCUUGAUCGUAGGACCCGAAGAUGCAGGCAAAAGUUCACUGGCCAAGAUCUUGACAGGCUACGCGCAAAGAGCCUCACGGUCUCCGGUCCUGGCCAACCUGGAUAUCAAAGAAGGCGUCAUGAGCAUCCCUGGCACCAUCACGGCCACCGUGUUCAAGACACUCAUGGAUGUCGAGGAAGGUUGGGGCGCGGCGCCCAUGAGUGGACCCAAUGGCGCCAUUCCGGUCAAAUUGCCUCUGGUCUACUUCUUUGGGGAUUCCAAACCACAAGAAAAGGAUGGAGCCGUGUACAAGGCGCAAGCUAGUCGACUGGCUCUUGCUGUUGCAGGUCGAAUAGCCCAAGAUCAGGACGCUCGAGAGAGUGGUUUGAUCAUUGAUACCCCUGGGAGCCUUACUUCUACCAAAACCGGUCCCAUUGGGAAUGAAAUCAUUCAGACUAUCGUCUCGGAGUUUGCAGUGUCUGCCAUCAUCUGCCUCGGAUCUGAACGGCUGUACAGCGACAUGGUCAAACGCUUUGAUGGACAAGCCACAUCUACUAGAACCACGACCAAUCCUCCCGAGACGAUUGCCGUGAUCAAACUCAACAAAUCUGGAGGAUGUGUCGAUCGGGACGAGGCGUACAUGCAGGCGCUACGUGCAGCGCAGAUCAGAAGUUACUUCUACGGAAACCCACGGCUCAGCAACGGCAUUUCAUUGCAACCUCGACAACAACAAGUCGACUUUUCUACUCUGACAGUCUGGCGACGCAUAUCGUCGACUCCGGACCCAACCAGCGGAAUUGGCGGCGUGGGCCUCGAUGACGACGAUGACGAGUCAUUUCUACCUGGUGGCAUCGACGACGACUCAUCCUCACACAACGCCUCUGGGUCAAAAGUCGCGCUCCCGGCAUCACAGAUCUACGAGAGGAUGACUGGACCGGCUGCUGCCAUGCGACAGUCAGUGUUGGCGGUCCUCAAUUGCGAACCUGAAGCGGAUCAGGAGGUGAUUCGAGACGCCAGCGUCAUGGGCUUCUUAUAUGUUACGGACACAGACGAAGCAAGAAGUCGAAUCAGCUUGCUCAGCCCGGUUGCCGGAAGAGUGCCAAAUCGAGCUAUUGUUUGGGCCGGAUGGCCCGAGAGCGUGCUCGGGCUCGAUCGUUCGUAGGAGGAGCUAGAAGAACCAUCCGCAAGGCACCGGCGUCGGUAUCGGUAUCGGUACCGGUAUCGGUAUCGGCAUUUUCAUUUUGCUUCGCGUUCGACUAGAUGGCCUAGAAACACACGGACACCUUUACGCCGCAACAAUUAGGUAGAACCACAGGAUAGAAGAUAUUGGAUACCGAGAGACAUCAUGAAUUCAGGAUGGUAGAUAGGGUUCUAUUCCCCCAGAUACAAACCCAGUCAGCGUCUCUAAGAAUCCAGCAACUGUUUGAAAAUAGCAAUGAGACUC